GUCACGUGGUCCGCGACUCACGUACGGAGGGGAGGAGGAGAGUGGGUGGGUGCUUUUUUUGGUGUAAAUCUAGACAGUAAUGCCCCGCCGAUAAUUCACGGUGCCUCGUAAAAAAAAGUGGACAUUAAAGCGCCCUGGGGCUACAAAUCAUCGGCGCCAAAUUAUGAGUUCGCUCGACUUCGCCAACGCGCUGUUUUCCAAAUACCAGCGAGCCGCCGCGAGCUGCUCUACACUUAUCUUCGCAGACCCUCCAACUUCUCCCUUCCCGACUUCUUUCACUGCUCCUGCCGCGUCUUCUUCGUGCGCCCUCGUGUCCAACGGAUAUCACCUCCAUGCCUCCGGUGGGAGAGGCGGCACUUUACCUCCGUCCUCCAUUCCUUCAUCUCCUUCCUCCUCCUUCAUCCCCUCCUGUUCUUCCUCGUCGCUCUGUUGGUCUCUGUCGGGACCGAACCGGAGCGGUGGGAUCGCACGACCCAGCGCGCAUCCUUCCAACCCCGCUGAGGAGCCCGCAGCCGGACCACCGAGUUUCUCCCUGCAGGGAUGCGCCGCGGAGCGGUUCCCCGGUCGGCCUCAGCUCUGCCCGCUGGCCGGGCUCUCUGAGCCGGCCUGCAGGAGGCAGAGUUGCCUGGAGCAGCAGCAGCAGCGGCGGCAGUUAAACGAGGAGGAGCCACGGAUUUACCCCUGGAUGAGAAGCACAGGUGCCGACAGAAGGCGCGGGCGGCAGACGUACACGCGCCACCAGACGCUCGAGCUGGAGAAGGAGUUCCACUACAGCCGGUACCUCACGCGGCGGCGGCGGGUGGAGGUGGCGCACGCGCUCUGCCUCACGGAGAGGCAGAUCAAGAUCUGGUUCCAGAACCGGCGGAUGAAGUGGAAGAAGGAGAACCGGGCGACAGAGGGCGGCUCCCCCGCGGCAGCUUUACCGAUGACUGGAGAUGAAGAGGGGGCUGAGGAGGAGGAGGAAGAGGAGUGACACUAACUCUACCGGACACCUUGGCUCUUUUUUUCUCAACAUUUUCACCAGUGAAUUAGGGACUAAUAAGUAUUAUCAGCCUGUGUGUAUGAGCAGAUGAACACUUCAAAUCAAAUCAUAAUGUGCAAUUUUACAUCCGUGUGUACAUACGCAGCUCUUAAUUGAAGGAACUAACUUCCACCAUGGAGCCUAACCACCAGAUUUUAGAACGCAAUCAUGAUGUUUUUAGCUUCUUAGUCUUUUAAACGCAAAAUCAUAAGUGACGUUGGGAGACAACUCAACGGUUUGUUUCAAAUACUGGAAUUGUUCAGAGGUCAAACUGAAAUGUAUUGAUCCUGAUUCAAAGAGUGGGGUCGCGUUCUGUCCCACCACAGAUAGCAUCCCUCAUGUUAUAAGAACAACCUGGCUCAUCCAGCUGCAGCAGAGAGGGAGAGGAGCGGCAGUGUUACAAGAUGUCUACGGUGAGUGGGAUCAUGUGUCGAUUAUUAGCAUAUGUUUAGUAGAUUUAGGCAGCAUCUCUAAUGUUUUAGAACUACAAGAGAAACCCUCCCAACCAAACUCUGUACAAUGUUCUGAGUAUUUAAAGCAAUCACAAAAUGUCGCUUUCAUAUCAUGAACUGUGUUUUACUUUAUGUUAUUCUGAGCUCCAUUAUGGUCUUACUGAUGUUUGUUGUGCUAGAUCACUCUUCCUCCUUUCAGUUGUAUUCCUCAAAACAGUUGUUUUUCAAAAAGAUAUUUAAUCUAUGACUCAUAUUUCUGAAUCGGUCUCAUUGCUAAAGAUAUGACGUGUGUAUGUGCUCAAUAUGACUGUAAUAGUAAGAAUGUGGGUUUGAUCAUUAUUUCUUGGAGAUUUUGAUGUUAGGAUCUCCUUUAAUUCUUACUGUUUGGUUAUAAUCAAUUAGAAAUGCUACUAAUCCAGUGGUAGAGAAAGUAGAGCGAGUUAAACAGAGAGCCAAUGACUUCCUGUCUGUGUGUUUACAGUCUAGCUGGUGGAUCCGGCUAUCGCUUGGAUUAAUGGUUUGUUGUUGUUCUUUUUUAAAUAGCUAUUGGCUGAGUCUUAAUUAUUUGUACUUGCACCUGUGUUUUCAUGUUGCCCUGAUACAUACAUGUUUAGACAAUAGUGCGCAUGUAAAUGAAAAAUAAAAAUGAAGAAAAUAAAUGUAAAAAAAUAAUUAUUAAAACCUU